GUUUGGGACCUAAAUUAUUCCCCUAAUUGGAAGUUGCCACCAGAUAUCGACACUGUCGCACUGUCAUCGCGAAUAAACCGAUCUGAUACGUGGAUGGUUUAUUUUGUUGUUCGUACUUUCACCAUCUGCAGCUCAACAUUCACACAAAAACGAGAUGAAUACAUUCCCAUUGACAUUCAUGCCGGGAAGCUGCAGGAUUGGCUUGUAUCCCGACGUAUUGUAAACAAAAACUGGCACCAAUCGAUUCGUGAUGUUCGAAGCAAAAUCAGCAAUGCGCUUACCGAUAUGCCAGCUCACGAAGGACUGGUCCAGCUGCUUAAGGGAGCUCAUAUCAAUUACUUCCACUGCAAGCAGAUCAUUGAUAUCCUCAAGACUACAGAAGCGGAUUCCAAGAAUGUUUUCGGCCGCUAUGGCAGCCAACGCAUGAAGGAUUGGCAGGAGAUCUUGAAGGUGUAUGAGAAGGAAAGUCUUUACCUGGCAGAAGCCGCCCAGAUUUUGGUCCGGAAUAUAAACUACGAAAUUCCUGGCAUACGCAAGCAGAUCAAACAUUUCGAGCAAUUGGGUGACGAAGCGGAGAAAAAGAUUGGGGAGCUGCAACGUUCGGAAACUAUAAUAUUCGCCGAGUACCAAACAUCGUGCAAGCAGCUUGGUAUCGCCGGGGAAAAUGUGCGCCAGGAGCUGGUGACGAAAGUGGGCGAGCUCCCGCAGAUGUUCAGCGAAAUUGCGAUUGCCGUACCGGGUCUGCUGAAGGCAGUCGAAUUGUAUGGCUCAUUCUCAGGGAACGCUGCAUGUCUGCCGAUAUUGCGACAUGUCGCGACUGCCGGAAACACCACCGUUUAUGAAUUCCUCUACUCCGAGGCGCCGUUGUCGAUCGUGGAACCGCCUGUGAAAUUCGAUGUCGAAGAAAGCGUGGCGACUGAAUCUGGGGGAAUUGAUUUCGGGGAUGGUGACGGUAAUAUAGAUUUCGGGGAUGCUGCAAUCGAUUACGGAGCGGGGGAUGAAAGUGAAGUUAAUCUGGAAGUUGGUGAUAUCGAUUGGGGUGCACCCGAAGAGCCGACACCAGAUGACAAUGAAAUUGACUUCAACGUCUCGCUGGAUGAGAGUGGAAUUGUCGUGGAAUCGGACGGUAACGCUGGUGGAGUGGCUAGGGGCGACGAGGCGUACAGUAUCUUCGAUUCGCCCUCGUAUAGAGAAAAGUUUAUCAACGAACUUCUAGAGCUCGAAGCGUUCCUUAAAAUGAGAUUGUACGAGGUGAGCACAGCGGACAGUGUUCAUAUUUUGUCGCUAUCCAUGAUGGACAGUUUGCCGGAUCACGACGCCAAGAGUUUGGCCCAAAUGAUUUCGCAUAUUGACGCAGUUUAUUGCAACUUUAAUAGCCAGCAAAUUCAACAUUUGCAUCAGAUUAAACAUUCACCCAAAUACGUUGAUAUUCUGACGUCCAAACUCAAGCAGAAAUUGGCGGCUGUCGACAAGUUGAAAAGCACACAACAAUCGCUCAAGGAGAAGGCGGAAAAUUUCCGGCAACAGGGCGUCAGUUUGAAGCCCACGCUCGCGAAUGUAAUUGAGCAGACAAAAGUACUGCAAGGUCAGAUCGAGGAGGACAUCUCGAAGCGUUACAAAAAUCGCGAUGUCAAUUUGAUUGGUGCCAACUUGUGAUGCCGUAACAGGUUAAAUGGGUGAUAAAUGAAGUUUGUAUAGAAGCUGUUUUAUUUUCGUUUUUGAAUGCAAAAUCCGUGUAUUUAUAUUGCUCGUAAAAAACGUUUUUUUCUUCUUUCGUUCGAUCAAUUAUACUAGUUAUUAAAUUAAUGUUUUGCUAAAUCGAGUGUAAAAGUGUUUCCAAUGUUAUACUGUAAAAAAAAUUAAAUCACGACUAUAAAUACAUUAAAAGGUAAAACCUUCACGAAACGUUUUUUUUAUAAUAUCAACUACAAUGAUUAGAAAGGGAGA